GAGGAUUAUAUACGCAUGAACCGUGGUAUAAACGAUAGUCAGGAUCUGCCCAGGGAGUACUUGGGCAAGAUCUACGAUGAGAUCGCCCGCCAACACUUUGACAAAGCCAGCCGCGAAAUGGAAGCUCUGGCCCAGAGUGCUCGCGAACUGAUGGAAUCUGUAAGUUGUUCUCGUGUUCCGCGGAGCUGUCUCCACUCCAACUAG